AUACUUUUCUAACAUUUUAAAAGAACUUGUAUUUUGAAUUAAAAUUCGUUCACCUUCAUUCCCCCGCCAUCUCAUUUGUUUACAUUUACGUGAGUGCGUUUAUAGCUUAGAAAUUAAUAAACGUAUGUCUAGUACUCUAUCAAUAAACUACAUUACAACGUUGUGAUAUAUGAUUCAUUACAAGCUUGGCCUGUCACCACUUUGCCACAUCGUUCUUAGCUGAGAGAUCGUACAAGCAGCAUGCCAAUAAUUUAUUCAAAGGAUAAAUAAAUAAAAAGUUUAUGUCAGUCGAAAUCAAUUAUUUAUGCAUUGCAACGUUUUGUGUACAGUUGUAUUGCGUUUCAUCGUCAAAAUACUAAGUUGAAACAAAGCUGUUCUGUGUCCAGAGCAAUCCUACGAAGCAAUCGUUGUUUGGUUCGUAAAACAUGGAGCGAACGACCAGAUAAGAAUAUGGACAUAUCGCCACAGUACGGCAAACCUCAUAUUUCGCUGCUGGACUCUGAAAAUGGUGGCUUACUAUUAACACCGCGGCAUCGCGACUUUGAUAAGAACGAAGAAAUAAUAACGUACCAAGAUGAUGAUGAUGAUGAUGAUGACGAGUCAAGUGAAGAGCGAGUCGUUUUGAAUGUUUCAGGUAUGAGAUUUGAAACGCGUCAGAAAACAUUGAACGAAUAUCCUGAUAGUUUGCUUGGUAAUCCACUUAAACGAGCGAAAUAUUACGAUGAAAAUCAAAAGGAGUACUUCUUUGAUCGAAACAGACCGGCUUUCGACGCCAUACUCUUUUACUAUCAGUCGCGUGGGAAGUUAUUACGUCCCGCUAACGUGCCGAUGGACGUAUUUGCCGAUGAAAUAAGAUUUUAUGAACUGGGUGAAGAUGUCUUGCAAAGAGUGGAGCAAGAAGAAGGAUACAUUGAGGAGGAAAAGCCCGUUUUACCAACUCGCCCGUUGCAAAGGGCUGUGUGGAAACUGUUUGAAUUCCCAGACACAAGUUUCGCUGCUCGUAUAAUUGCCGUCAUUUCAGUGUCCGUGAUCACCAUUUCCAUCGUAACUUUCUGCAUAGAGACCCUACCCGAAUUUCGGCCACCAGAAGGAUCAAAUAUCGAUGAGCGUUUUCGUCAACCGUGGUUCGGUCUUGAAACUGCUUGUAUUAUAUGGUUUACUUUCGAGUAUAUUGUAAGGCUGCUUUCCUCCCCGAAUAAACUUGUGUUUCUACGCUCUUUCUUGAACAUCAUUGACAUUGUGGCAAUUCUUCCCUACUACAUAACAUUGCCUAUGAAAAGCGCUAAAGCUUCCAGUCUUGGUGUCUUACGUGUGAUACGUCUAGUACGCGUAUUUCGAAUAUUCAAACUGUCAAGACAUUCAAGAGGCUUGCAGAUUUUGGGACAUACACUUAGGGCAAGCUUGCGUGAGCUGGGUUUACUCAUAUUUUUCUUGCUUAUCGGCGUGAUUCUAUUCUCAAGUGCCAUCUAUUAUGCGGAAGGUGGCGAGAAAAAUACAAAUUUUAAGAGCAUUCCUGAAGCAUUCUGGUGGGCUGUUGUUACCAUGACCACGGUUGGCUAUGGCGACAUGAAACCAGUCACUCUUUGGGGAAAGAUCGUUGGCUCUCUUUGUGCAAUAUCUGGUGUUCUCACUAUUGCACUUCCUGUUCCAGUGAUAGUAAGUAAUUUCAAUUACUUCUAUCAUCGUGAAAGUGAACACCGUGCGGCCGAAGCCUGUCGUAAGGAGAAAGAAGAGAAGGCAAAAAGAGCGGAAGAACUUCAAAAGAGAGAUGAAGAAGAAGCAGGAUCAAAAAUGGAGCAUAAUGGUAGGAAUGGACCUGAUAGCUCCGACCAUUCAAAAAGAAACCAUAAAACGACCUACGCUAAAGUUCCUAUUAAAACUGAAGUAGUAGAUUUUUCGGAAAGCAUAACAUUAGAAACUGGCCUAUAAAACAUAACGCUAUAACUAAAGUACUUAUUUUACCAGUGUUCGAAAUCAUCCAAGUAGAACGGUAAGCCAUUUCGAGCGUACAAAACAUUAAAAGGCACUUUGUAUAGCCAUCAUUCGCUGAGGACAAUGCGAGAAGCCUUUCGUAAGAUGUCAAAGCAAGAUCCCAUCUUGUGACUUCAAAAUACGCCAGCCGCGGAUAAUGACGUCAUAGCCUCGGUAAGAUUUACCUAUGUGGUCAACACAAAUGAAAUGAUAAAGGGGAGAAGUAUCGAGCUAUGCUCUGGCGAUUGAAGGACAGAUAUAGUUUUCUUGUACAUUUUUGCAUGAAAGAAUACUCAAAAGAAUGCCAUUAAGAAUCUCCUAACACUACUAUUUAAUAAAUAAUCUCGUUAAUCUAAGGAGAUGCCAAUGAUAAUAAAAAUCGUUGGAACAAUGUGAGCAUAUCUUUUCAUUUCAUAAUUUAUGUGAUCUAUUAUGAAAGUUGAUGGGAGCUAUGAAAGUGAGGGCUUUCACAAAGUCAUUAUUAUUAAUUAAGUAAAUUAACCAAUCUGCUUUUUUA